GACCGCGUCGGACGCUGGUGGGACCCGGGUUAGUGCCCAGGAAGGGGGGCCGCGGAGGGCAGGGCUGGGGCCCGAUGUCAGGUGUGGGUCUGCGGCAGGCGCUGGCUCUGAAGUCGUGCGGGUGUGUGAUUCGCAUCGCCGCGGAUGUCUGUGGAUCAGGCUGUAGACAAGUCGGUGGAUCCUGGGGGUCCCUGACUCGGGGGGGCUCCUCAGUGUCCCAGUGUCGCCGCCUCACCGGGGGAGACCCCGAGCCAGAGUGACCGAGGGACCGGCCGCGUCCAGCUCCAGAGCGAGCGGCGAACGCGCGGUGUACACGAGGCCGGCCGGCCGCGGAGCCCCGGAGCCCGGCGGCCGCCGCGAUGUUCCCCAAGGAGGCGACAUGGAACAUCUCGUUCGCCGGCUGCGGCUUCCUCGGCGUCUACCACAUCGGCGUGGCCUCCUGCCUCCGCGAGCACGCGCCCUUCCUGGUGGCCAACGCCACGCACAUCUACGGCGCCUCGGCCGGGGCGCUCACCGCCACGGCGCUGGUCACCGGGGCCUGCCUGGGCGAGGCUGGUGCCAACAUCAUCGAGGUGUCUAAGGAGGCCCGGAAGCGGUUCUUGGGUCCUCUGCACCCCUCCUUCAACCUGGUGAAGACCAUUCGUGGCUGCCUGCUGAGGACUCUGCCUGCUGAUGCCCAUGAGCGGGCCAGUGGGCGCCUGGGCAUCUCCCUGACCCGUGUCUCAGAUGGCGAGAACGUCAUUAUAUCCCACUUCAACUCCAAGGAUGAGCUCAUCCAGGCCAACGUCUGCAGCACCUUCAUUCCUGUGUACUGUGGCCUCAUCCCGCCCUCCCUCCAGGGCGUACGCUACGUGGAUGGCGGCAUCUCAGACAACCUGCCACUCUACGAGCUCAAGAACACUAUCACGGUGUCCCCCUUCUCGGGCGAGAGUGACAUCUGCCCGCAGGACAGCUCCACCAACAUCCAUGAGCUCCGGGUCACCAACACCAGCAUCCAGUUCAACCUGCGCAACCUCUACCGCCUCUCCAAGGCCCUGUUCCCGCCCGAGCCCAUGGUGCUGCGAGAGAUGUGCAAGCAAGGCUACAGGGACGGCCUGCGCUUCCUGCGGCGGAAUGGCCUCCUGAAUCAGCCCAACCCGCUGCAGGCGCUGCCCCCCGCCAGCCCCCAUGACCCCAAGGACGAGGACGCCGAGGUGGCUGAGGCGGCCACGGAGAGGGCUCGAGUGGACGGCCACUUGCAGCUGCCCGGGGAGGAUCACAUCCUGGAGCAUCUGCCUGCUCGGCUCAAUGAGGCCCUGCUGGAGGCCUGCAUGGAGCCCAAGGACCUGCUGACCACGCUCUCCAACAUGCUGCCUGUGCGUCUGGCCACGGCCAUGAUGGUGCCCUACACUCUGCCGCUGGAGAGCGCCGUGUCCUUCACCAUCCGCUUGCUGGAGUGGCUGCCCUAUGUCCCUGAGGACAUCCGGUGGAUGAAGGAGCAGACAGGCAGCAUCUGCCAGUACCUGGUGAUGCGCGCCAAAAGGAAGCUCGGCAGCCACCUGCCCUCCAGGCUGUCAGAGCAGGUGGAGCUGCGCCGCUCCCGGUCGCUGCCCUCUGUGCCGCUGUCCUACGCCGCUUACAGCGAGGUGCUGCCCAGCUGGAUGCGCAACAGCCUCUCGCUAGGGGACGCGCUGGCCAAGUGGGAGGAGUGCCAGCGCCAGCUGUUGCUGGGUCUCUUCUGCACCAACGUGGCCUUCCCGCCGGAUGCCCUGCGCAUGCGCGCCCCUGCGGAGCCUGCCCCUGCGGAGCCUGCCCCUGCGCCCCCGCAGCUCCCGCCCAGCUCGCCCCCUUGCUGAGCGCCCCUGCUCUGUCCUUCCCCAGCCCCCUGGGGUCCCGGUGCUGAGGGCUGGGCCCCCCAGCCUCCCUGCCCCGUGAGGCGGGGCCCUUGGGCCGGCUGCGAUCCCCCUUCCCGGCCUUUCUUCAUACCCCCUGCGGAAUAAGGAGAAGGGGGCUUGGCUGUCAACCCCUCCACCAACCACUCACGUGCUGCACUGAGGAGGGAGAGGUGCCAGUAUCCCUCCCCUCGCGGGGGCAGACGCCCCCUCACCUGUGCCUUAAUCUCUUCCUCCCAGGCCCCACCCAAGGGCUGGGGAGGGCAGGGCCGGCACCUGGGGUCUCCUGGACCUGCGAGCCCUGCCCGAGGCCCCCACCCGUCAGCGCAGUAUUACUCCUGAGGACUUUGCGCCUGCUCCUCCCUCCGCAUUUU